GCGUUGUCAGGGCGCCGCGAAGCCGGCCCUUGGGCGCGCCCCGGCUGAAGGCACAGAUGCACAGAUACUGGCCACUGGCACGUGGGACGCGGUCGCAGCCGAGCGAUGGGGGCGUCGAGGGCCGCAACACGGACUUCGUCUAAGCCACAGCCCGAGUCCACGGCUCCGCCGCGGCGCAGAUUCCACAACACGCUCCUCUUCUACUGGAGGAAGCGGGAGCGCCGCCCUGGACAACGCAAGCCUGGCUCGGGCCGCGGAACUAGACCAAGGGGUGCCGCCAAGACGCGGGCCUCCGGCCCUGCCCGGGCCUCUGGCGCUUCUUUGGACCGAGCGCGAGUCACAGCUCCUAACCUUGCCUCCAUGCCGGACACCGCCUCCACGGCGGACCCCGCCCCAGCCCCGGACUCCGCCCCCGAACCCGCCCUCAGCCCCAACUCAGGCCCGGCCUCCACGCCCGAGCCCGCGGCGCGCGCGCCCAGCUCCUGUGGCCGCGUCCUGGCGGCGGCACGCGCUCUGGCCUGGAGGCCGACUUGGAGGCCCAGCUGGAGGCCUAGCUGGAGGCCAAGCUGGCCCGGCAGACAUUGCGCGGGCAAUAUGGCGGCGCCCAGCGAUCGGGGGCGCUUUGGCGGCGGGAACCUCUUCUCCUUCCUGCCCGGCGGCGCGCGCUCCGAGACGAUGGAGGACCUGGUGACGGACGCGCGCGGUCGGGGGGCAGGGCGGAAAGAUGCUGCCGCCGCGGCCCCGACGCUAACCCAGCCGCCGACCCCUGACUCUGGGGUCGUCGAUGACACCUCCCGAAGGCGGCCCUGCCGGGCUUGCGUGGACUUCAAGACAUGGAUGCGGACGCAGCAGAAGCGGGACAGCAAGUUUAGGGAAGAUUGUCCUCAGGAUCGCGAGGAACUGGGCCGCAAUAGCUGGUCUGUCCUUCACACCCUGGCUGCCUACUACCCCGACCUGCCCACCCCAGAACAGCAGCAAGACAUGGCCCAGUUCAUACAUUUAUUUUCCAAGUUUUACCCCUGUGAGGAGUGUGCAGAAGACAUAAGGAAGAGGAUAUGCAGGAACGAGCCAGACACAAGCACGAGGGCAUGUUUCACCCAGUGGCUGUGCCGCCUGCACAACGAAGUAAACCGCAAACUAGGCAAGCCGGACUUCGACUGCUCCAAAGUGGAUGAGCGCUGGCGUGACGGCUGGAAAGACGGCUCCUGCGACUAGAGGGCGGCCAGGGUCAAUGGGUGACCUGGCUAGAGAGGGGCAGGGCACACAUUAAAGUGCAUCAGAGUACUCUUUAAAGUGUGGCAAAGCCAGAGCCUGUUGUGUCUCAGUUGGGUGACCCCCAGACUCUGCCCAUGGGGCCCUUUCCUUCUCGGGUUUGGAGUUGAAGUGGAGGUGUCUACUGUAGGCACCACAAUGGCUUCCUCUUCAGCCAAGGCCCUGUGGGGCUACAGGUGAGAGAACUGUCCCUUUUCAUUCAGGAUAUGGCCUCCUGCCCGCCCUUCACAGGAAGGUGACAGCCUUGGCUGGGCCCCCGACACCCCUCGAAGCCAGGCCAUUGUCUCCCCACUGUGUAGCUGGGGACAACCACGUGUAGCUAAGGACAGUUGCAGUGACUAUAGCCCCAGAUGAUGUGUGCUGUUUGCACUUCAGGAAAGAGGCCGGGGUGGGGUGUUGGGGGUGCUAAGCUCUCCACCCUGCUCAGACCCUACAGGGACUGAGAGAAAGUGCAGUUAGGGUUCUUCUCUGCGUGUCCAACAACCCUACUGCCCAUUUCCUGUCUAGCAUAUGGCCUUCCAUAGCUGUACCAAUUUCACCCCCAAUAAAACUCCCUGGGGCCAGCUUCCUUGGAGCUUGAGACCAAAAUAAAAUGCUGGAGAAGCUGA